AUGGCUAUGCGCAACGUCGGUGUGAAGACUAGCCAAAUCAUGGACUAUAUGGUAAAUCAAUCUGGGUCUUAUGAGAAUGUUGGUUUCAUCCGUAUGGAUCUGCACAACCAUAUUCAAGCUGAACGUAGAGCAGAAGUUGAGGAUGGUGAUGCGCAGGAUUUGAAAUCGCGGGCCGACUAUGCAAAGUUUGGUGAUGUGUUGAUAUUUGACUCAACUUACAGAACCAAUGCAUACAAGAAACCUUUUGCCAUGUUGGCUGGUGUGACUAGCCACUUUAGGACCACGAUAUUUGCAUGUGUUUUGCUAGCUAAUGAGACAAUUGAUACAUACACAUGGGUUUUGGAAACAUUUAUGGAGGCGAUGGGUAAUAAAGCACCUGUGUCCAUACUGACAGAUGGGAAUAAGGCGAUGCUAGAGGCAAUCAGAAGAGUAUUUCCAGACGCAAGACAUCGAUUAUGUAAUUGGCAUCUUGGGAAAAAUGCUAUUUCAAAUGUUCACAAAAGUGGCUUUGCAUAUGCUUUCAAGCAGUGCAUAGACAUGGAAAUGGAUGAGACAGAGUUUGAGCAUGACUGGACGACAAUGGUCGAAAAAUUUGGACUUCAAACCAAUAGUUGGGUGUUGGAGACAUAUGAGAAGGGUCAUAUGUGGGCUGAGGCAUAUAUGCGUAGACAUUUCUUUGCUGGGAUGAAGAGCACUCAGCGCUCAGAGAGUAUGAAUGCUUAUUUCAAUUCCUUCCUCCAACACAAAUUGAAGCUAUAUGAAUUUGUUAGGCACUAUGAUCGGGCUCUUGCAAGGAUAAGAUGGACAAGGGCUGCAAGCAAGGAUGGCCAGCAAUGGCCUCAACCCUCAAUUGAUAGCAUUACAGCACAGACGGCCCGGUAUGGGAUAUUGAGUUCUUCCUACAAUGAAAUGUGUUUCUAUGCCUCGCAAUCAACAGAAGGUUUCAAAGAGGCUAGGAAUGCAUGUCUUCCGAUGACAAGACGGAUGAAGGAGUUAUAUGAGAGGAAUCUGAACGAUGGGAAUGGAGACAAAGGGAAGCAUUUAUUCCCUCGACAAUUUGGAGUAGAAGAUCCUGAUGUUGUGAAGACAAAAGGGAACCCGAGACGGGUCUCGUCUAACUGUCGAAGACCAAGAAAAUGUGGGAAUUGCAAAUGCAUUGGGCACACAAAGCGAACGUGUCCUAAGGUUCGGUUUAGCCGAACAGUGGGUAAUAACUCAGAUGCAGAUACACCCCACAUAACUGACCGUGAGUACAAUGCGGAGUCAUUGCCCGUUCGCUGCAAAACUGGGUUGGUGGAUCCAAGUACACCGCACAUUAAGCAACGGCGACUAUUUUUCGAUGUUUCUCCUAAUUCCAAGAAGCCUGUGGGCCAAUACGGUAGUGUUGAAGCAGCAGUGUGGAAAAAUGAUUCGAACACAAUUGAUGAGGUGAAUCAGGUAGACAAUACUAGCUAUUGA